AUGGACAAGAUGACAUUCAUCGCAUUGAUUUCCGUUUUAUACGUAUGCAUCCAUAUCUUAGUCUUUAGCCUUAGUAGCAAAAACACAAAAUAUCCCAAGCUAGCACCUGGUCCACCCAGUUAUCCCAUCAUAGGAAACAUAUUACAGCUUGGCCCAGCAAAACUGCACCAAGCACUUGAUAAACUCUCCAAAACAUAUGGACCUAUUAUGACUGUUAAGAUAGGCACUAUCACCACUGUGGUAAUUUCCUCUCCAAGCAUCGCCAAAGAAGCCCUUCACAAAAAUGACCAAGCCUUGGCUAGUCGAUUUAUACCUGAGUCUGUCCAAGCACUUUCACAUGAUCAUUCUUCUGUAGUAUUCUUGCCCGUGUCAACAAAGUGGAGGACCCUUAGAAAAGUUUGUGCCACCAAAAUUUUCUCCUCCCAACAACUUGAUUCCACCCAAGCUCUACGCCAAAAAAAGAUGAAGGACCUACUUGAUUACCUGCAUGAAAAUUGCCAAAAGGGUCUUCCUAUUGAUAUUGGUGAGACUGCAUUUACUACAGUGCUUAACUCAAUAUCAAACACCCUUUUUUCCGUUGACUUGGCUUCUUAUAGCUCUGGUAUUUCUCAAAAGUUUAGGAAUGUUAUUUCUAGUGUGCUCGCAGAAGCUUCAAAACCUAACAUUGCAGACUAUUACCCUAUUUUUCGUAGACUUGAUCCACAGGGAGCACGACAAAGGAUGCAAAACUACUACCGAACGUUGCUUGAUGUUUUCGAUUGUAUUGUUGAAGAAAGAACUCAAAGGGUUGAUUCCAUUGAUGGAGAUGAUGUGUUAGACUCAUUUCUUGAUAUCACACGAAGGGAAAAUUCAGAACUAACACGCCAUGAUGUGUUACAUCUAUUUCUGGACUUAUUCGUGGCUGGAUUGGACACUACAUCAGCUACAAUAGAGUGGGUUAUGGCAGAGCUACUACACAACCCAGAAAAACUAUCAAAAACCAAGAAGGAACUUGAUCAAGUUCUUGGUGAGAGUGGGUUGGAAGCUAAAGAUUCGAAUAUAUGGAAACUCACUUACCUACAAGCAGUUGUGAAAGAAACCCUUAGAUUGCACCCAACAGCCCCAAUAUUAAUCCACAAAUCAGUGGGUGAAGUGGACAUAUGUGGCUUCCAUGUACCCAAAGAUGCACAAGUUCUUGUUAAUGUAUGGAGCAUGGGGCGAGACUCAAAGACUUGGAAGGACCCAAAUGCAUUUGUACCUGAAAGAUUUUUAGAGAAUGAAAAGGAUUUCAGAGGAGACGAUUAUGGUUUCAUUCCUUUUGGGUCUGGUAGAAGAAUGUGCCCAGGUGUUCCACUAGCUAACAGGAUUGUGCAUACCAUCUUGGCCUCACUUCUAUACCAUUUUGAUUGGAAGCUAGCAGACGGAGAACAAUCACCAGACAUGGACAUGACUGAGAAAUUCACCAUUACUUUACACAAACUUGCAACAGAAAAACUCUUCCACUCACAUCCAUUCUACAAUGCUCACAAUUUCAUAGAUGAAGAAGGGUGGCCUUUGGGUUUGAGACUAUUGAAUGCAAGAAUUGGGUUACAGAGAAAUGGUGAUUUCUCUGGAUCAGUCUCCUUCAGCACUAUGCUCACUGCUUCUCCCACCCUUUCGACUGAUUCUUCCUCAGAUGUUGACUCACAGUCCACUGGAACAUUCUUCCGAGACAAGAGCAUCACGCUUGGCAGCCUCAUUGGAAUUUCUAGCUUCCUAGAAGUCUCAAGGAGAUCAAGCAGAGGAAGAAUGGUGCAACCCUCAAAGAACAACGAAAAGAAUCACAAGCUGAGGCAUUGGUUGUUCUCACUUUGUUCAAAGCUAACUACUGAUGCAGUGAGUGUGAAUUCUGCUGCUCCCUCACUUGGUAACAAUCUUGUGUCAGAAAGAAGAGCCGCAAAUCAAAGAAAGAAUAAUCAAUGUUCUAACAUUCAUGGACCUAAUCAUUUGUCCCCAGUUCAAGAGCCAAACUCGCUGUUUCAUGGUUCAUCAACAACAUUUGGUGAUGGAAGAGCGCCAGAUAAAGCAUUGGAGCAAAGCAAUGGAUAUGGAACACCAAUAAUUCUCUGUUGUUUGUGCAGAUAA